AUGAGCACGGAAAAGCGUAUGUCAGUGUCUGUGACCAAUGCUGCCCGGAGGAUUUGCCUACCAGUAGACGGAAGUGCGCAUUCAAGCAAAGCCGUAGAGUGGUAUUUGGCAGAGCUAUACAAACCUGGAGACUUUAUCAUAUUUGUGCAUUCACUUGAGGCACCAAACCUACCAACGGUGACCGUUGGUGCUGGACUGUCUCUCCCGAUUGAUAGCUGGACAAAAGCCUUGCAAGAAAACAAAGCCGUAGAGUGGUAUUUGGCAGAGCUAUACAAACCUGGAGACUUUAUCAUAUUUGUGCAUUCACUUGAGGCACCAAACCUACCAACGGUGACCGUUGGUGCUGGACUGUCUCUCCCGAUUGAUAGCUGGACAAAAGCCUUGCAAGAA